AUGCUUCAUGCAUGGGAGGUAGCGAUGACAAUUUUCUGCACGACAGCCUCACUCACAAUUUACCUCAUCUUCCUAAAAAGAGCGCUGGCAGUCGAAAAAUCAUCAGGAAAAGAAAUCAAAUGGGUUCAAGACCCCAGCAACCCAAAACGAUACAUCAAAAAAUUCAUCGAAGAAAGUGAAAAGGAUGAAACCGUGGCUCUAGAAAACGUUGCUUUUGAACUACCAGGAAAUGCAAUUAUCGAAUCUGAGACUGUGUGA